UUAAUUGGCGGUCGUAGUUGUGGUCGUCGUGGCUGUGGUGUGAAUUCCUUGCCUAGGGAUUGAGUACAAUGUGUCGGGACGCUAGGCAUCAUAUGGUUACUCGGAACAUCUGCAUAUGUUUUGCUGUUUACGCUGUUUUCGGGAUGAAAAUUCCAUGUGGCUUAUUCUGCACAGCAUCAUCCACUAGUAUAGCAGAGCAUCAUUUGACGGCUCUGUUCACGUCAAUUACGAAUGGCACCACUGUGGAUCAACAGCAGCUGGAGAAAUUUCUAAACGGCUUGCAUUUGUCGUCUCCUGAUCAUGCGCAUGACGAAGAGCACGUGCACAACGAGACGAUCGAAACCCAUUGCUACUCUGCAGAGCAAAUGAUCGAAUUUUUCCCCAACUCCCAAACACUGACCAAACAACAAUUUGGUGAGCUGCUUCCGACCGUGGUCUAUGAACUGCACACUCAUGCUUGUCAUCAUGAGCACUCAGAACACGGUCACAGCCGCGCCCUCGAUUGGAAAGGAGUUCACAUGUCCACAGCUGGUGCUAGUUCGAGUUAUCUUACUUCUUUAUAUCCUCUUUCCACUCUGUGGUCUUGUCCAGCCAUUGUCGGCAGUACAGUCUCAGUCCUCGUUAUCAGCAUUUCCGGUCUAAUCGUGGUGGCCCUGAUUCCGUUGAUGCCUCGCAGAUUCUUCAAUGUGAUAUCCCAAUUCCUCAUCGCCCUCUCCGUAGGCUCUCUUACAGGAGAUGCGUUUCUACACUUAAUCCCCCACGUUGUUUCAUCAUAUCAUGUGAGUGUGUGGUUAUUUGUCCACAUUGGUUCUGGACAUGGUAGCCCAACAUCCGAACCAGCUUUGACCUUUCCUGUUGCUUUCAUAUUCCACAAGGCAAGCAAUAACGAAGCUGUUGGUGAAAAGGAUCUCACGUAUCCGCCGAUAUCCGGUGCCGAACAAAAUGGAUCUUUACCGAUGGAAACGGAGAAACAGGAAUCCACGAAUGUCAUGCAGCCGGUGGGACUUCGCAGUAGGGAACAUGGAACGCCUAACACGAAGCCUUCUGUUGACAGUGCUGGAAAUCUUACCCUAGCAGUUAAUGGUGUUGCGUACUGUUCCUCACGGGCUCUCACUUCUCUAAUUUUGCACUUUCGUUUCCAUUUGUACUCGAUUCAGACAUCACACAUGGAGAAUGAGCUCUGCGGUCGACCGCCAGAUCGCCCGUUGGAUAACGCACGUUGUGCGGAUCAUCUUAGUGGUGAUGUCUUCGUUCGCGUUAAUUCUGCUAGUUUAAUUCCCGGUGGGGCCCACCACAAAAAUCAGCAGGACGGUGCUGUACAUUUCUGCUGGCCAUCAUCUGUUUACAUUCCUCCCACAGAGCUUACCAGUUCGGAGCGAUCGACGGCCACCGAACUCCCGACUCAGAAUGCAGUUGCCGAUGCAUCCGAAUUAACACGGCGGCAAAGACCAGAAGCUUCUUACGAUAUGGUAGAUGUUGAUAAUCGAAACGGGCAAAUUUCAAAGUGGAAGCAAAAUGCAACUUUUGCUGAAUCUAAUCUGGCCAAAACAUAUCUGGACACUGCAGAGGAACAACCGACACAUCCGCAUAGAGACAAACCCCAUGGGCAUCAUCAUGGCCACAGUCAUGAUUUGAGCUCGGUGCGGGCGAUCGCGUACACGGUAAUAGUAGGAGACGGGUUGCACAAUUUCUGCGAUGGAAUCGCCAUUGGGGCCGCUUUUUCGACCAAUGUAAAUGGAGGUCUGUCGACAGCGAUAGCCGUUCUUUGCCAUGAGCUGCCUCACGAGUUGGGUGAUUUUGCAGUCCUAUUACAUGCGGGUAUGUCUGUCAAGGCGGCCAUAUUCUACAACCUGCUAUCAAGCAUUCUCUGUGCAGCUGGAACUGUGAUUGGACUACUUCUGGGCCGAAUAGCCUCGAUCGACACUUGGAUAUUCAUGCUGACCGCCGGAAUGUUCGUUUAUAUCGCUUUGGUUGAUAUGAUGCCGGAAUUGGCCACCAACCGCCUGAAGGGUCAACGUUGCUGCCACCGACCGAGCAUACUUUUCAUUUGGCAAAACGUUGGUAUUCUGCUUGGCUACGGCAUCAUGUUGUUGAUCGCCUUCUACGAGACCCAACUCACC